GUCUUGAUACAAACAAAGAAGUAGCUAAGAAAAUCAAGUUCAAGAUUGGGUUGUUGCAAACACCAAGAAAUAUCACAGGAUGGCAGAUCUGCUACCAAUUGUUGCUAAUGCUGAAAGCAAAACUACUGAAGUCACUGAAAGUGGAAAAUGGCGCUGACGUAAAUAGCAGGACUGCUGGGAAACGGACAAUUCUUCACUCUGCUGCCGAAGGAAGUGAACCUAACAUUGUGAAAUACCUUGUCGAACAUGGUGCUGAUGUGAAUGGCAUGACUAUUGAUGGUAAAACUGCUCUGCACUCUGCUGCUGAAGGAUUCGAACAAGGUGCAAACGUGACAGGCCGGAGUACUUUUGGGUGGACAGUUCUGCACUCGGCUGUUAAUUUGAAUGUUGAUCCUGAUGUUGUGAAAUAUUUAAUCGAACGUGGUGCAAAUGUACAUGAGGAGAAUUCUGAGGGGAUGACUGCUUUGCACUUUGCUGCCGAAAAAGAUGAACCUAAGAUUGAAGAAAAAAACCCUGAAGGACAGACAGUUCUGCGUUUUGCUGCUGAAAAAGGUGAACUUGACAUGGUGAAAUAUUUAGUUGAAAAUGGUGCUGAUGUGAAUGGCAAAGAUAAUGACGGGUGGACAGCCCUACACUCUGGUAGUGAAAGAGGUAAGCUGGACAUCGUAAACUAUUUGGUCGAAAAAGGGGCUGGUGUAAAUGACCGAACUACUAACGGGUGGUCAGUUCUGCACUCUGCUGUUGAUGGAGGCGCACUUGACAUUGUGAAACACUUAAUCGAACGUAGUGCUGAUGUCAACAGCAAUACGUGUGAUAAAAGGGCAGCUUUACAUAUCGCUGUUGAAAAAGGUGAACUUGAACUUGUAAAAUAUUUCUCGAACAUGGUGCUGAUUUAG